AAACCCGGAAGCGUGGCGUGAUUAGCAACAACAAACCACCUGUCCGCGCGACACCGGACUGCGCGGCUCUGUCGUUGUUCGUCUGUGGCUCGGACCGUGGCAGCUGGCGACAGGACGCCUCGACAGCUCGUCGCGAACAGACGAGGCGUGAACACGGGGAUAAUUCAGGUCUGAGUCCUCAAACGGGUCAAUCAUUUAUCGGCUGCUCUCUGCCUCGCCGUUCUCCUCCUCCACACUCUCGUUAGCUUUAGCCUGCUAGCGCCCCGCCGUGACAAUAUGACACGCGUGUUGGUGGGAGAGCUCUUCCUCAUCGCGUCCUUCUGAAGAGCCAGUUCCGCUUUCGGUUGCCGACCCACUGGAUGAUAAAUCGCCGGACGCUUCCAGUCACAGCUUCACAAACUGCCAUGGAGCCGCACGCCGCCGUGGGCUGCGUGAACAUGGGCAGCCUGACCAGCACCUUGCCGGUGAUCCCCUACCAGAAGCUGACGGACCUGUACUACCUGAGCAGAGGCGGCUUCGGCACCGUGUUCAAGGCGCAGCACUCGGACUGGAGGACCACGGUGGCCAUCAAGUGCCUGAAGCUCGACUCGCCUUUUGGAGAAAGAGAGAGGAACUGCCUGCUGAAGGAGGCGGAGGUGCUCCACAAAGCCAGAUUCAACUACAUCAUCCAGAUCUUUGGCAUCUGCAAUGAGCCCGAGUUCUUCUGCAUAGUCACAGAGUUUAUGAGCAAUGGCUCACUGGACCUGUUGCUCCACGAGAAGGACAUGUACCCUGUUCUCGCGUGGCCUUUGCGACUAAGGAUUCUGUAUGAAAUCGCACUCGGGGUGAACUUCCUCCACAACAUGAACCCACCCCUCUUACAUCAUGACUUAAAGACACAGAACAUUCUGCUGGAUGGUGAAUUUCAUGUUAAGAUUGCAGAUUUUGGCCUUUCAAAGUGGCGCCAGCUGUCUGUCAGCAAAGGCUCAGGGUCCAAGCCCACAGAGAUGGGCGGCACAGUGAUCUACAUGCCCCCGGAGGAGUAUGAGCCAUCCAAGAGUCGCCGCGCCGAUGUGAAAAAUGAUAUGUACAGCUAUGCCAUCAUUAUGUGGGAGGUGCUGUCCAGGCAGAUACCAUUCGAAGAGGUGACAAACCCAAUGAAGAUCAUGUUCAGUGUCCUGCAUGGAAUGCGUCCUGACAUUAGCCUGGACAGCCUGCCCGCUGACCUCCCCAGCAGAGGGACCCUCAUCAGUUUGAUGACCUGCGGCUGGACCGCCAACCCCGAUGAACGGCCGUCCUUCCUCAAGUGUCUGAUUGAGCUGGAGCCCAUGGUGAGAAACUUUGAUGAAAUCGACUUCUUGGAGGCGGUGCUGCAGAUCCAGAGGUCAAAGUUGAGGCAGAGGUCAGGCUGUUGUUUGGCUCAGCCGGUGUGUGAGAAGAGGAGUGCGGAGGGAUCCCUGAACAUGCUGACAGACCGGCCCAGCCCAUGGCCAGAGAGCUCCACCUCCCCCUCAGGCUCAGGCUCCGGCUCCUGUUCCUCCCAGGACACGGACAUUUCUUUACCCGGUACCCUCACUAGCAGUUCUGCAGCGUCUCAAGGUAGCCUUCCGUCGUCAUUCAUAGCUCCUACUCUGGAGCCUCCAGAGUCUCUGAAGGACCAGUGCCAACUCAACAACCUCAACGGCUGUGUCCAUCCCCUGAAUGAUUUGAAUAUUCCCGUCAAACCUGGCGUGCCGGUUACUGAGUGUGAAACUCGGCUGGACAACCUCACCUUCAAGCCACAACCGCAGCCUCUGCAACAAGCAGAUCCCUGUCUUCCGCUGCAGCACUCCCCGCCAUCACAAGGCCCGGUCACUCAGUGGAUUGCGACGCGCCGUGAGGACAUCGUCUCCCAGAUGACGGAGGCGUGUCUGAACCAGAGCCUGGACGCCCUGCUGGCCCGCUCCAUGCUGAUGCGAGAGGAUUACGAGCUGGUGGUGAACCAGCCCACGCGCACCGCCAAGGUCCGCCAGCUCCUGGACAACUGUCAUCGACACAACGAAGACUUCUGCCGCAUUGUCGUGCGCAAGCUCCAUGACAACAAGCAGAUGGGCCUGCAGCCCUACCCGGCGGAAAUAGCCUCCCCCACCACAGCCCUCACCCCCAGCGCGCCGCCACUCUCCAUGUCCUACAAUAUCACCAGGAACAUUUAGCAGCAGUCCCAGACUGUCCAGAUCACAGACUGUGAACUUCACACUACGGUUGACUCGCACUGGUUCCACUGUCAUCAGGUUCGUGUUCAUGUUUCCUGUCUGUUCUUCCCUCAAAAAGCUGAAGAAUGACCCGUUGAGGAAAACGAGUCACAGGAGGUUCAAACCUAUUCUGCUGAUUUGAAAGUAAAUUUCCACUCGUCAAUUACCGACGGGUUUGAUUCUGUGUCAUCAGAACCAAACAAUUUUGACUGAAUCAGUGAUUUUAUUUAACAACAUUAUGGAUUGAAUGAGGAUAUUUUAUUUAUAGUCCUUUCAUACUGAGCGGAUGUAUUACAGGGUUUCACUUUGGUAUGUGACACUUCUUCAGUCUUCAGGACUCGGUGACCGUUAUUUAUAUGGGCGAAAAGUUUUCUGUGUGAGUGCGUGUAAACUUCCAACAUCCUUGAUGCACUCAGUUGAUCUGAGCAAGUGACGGGAGGACUGUUAACAUGCUGUGAAACCUGCAGCAAAAAUAAGAUUUAUACUUUGUAGCAAUCUAAUCUUCACAUAUGACGUAGUUAUUAAGUUAAGUUUCCUGAUGGCUCUGCUGAUUUACCACCUGAGCCAAGUGGCUGUCAGAGCGGGUCUGUCUUCUGUUUGAAGCACAAGACCUUUUAUAAAUCAGUAAAAUAACACAGUUCAGAGUCAGAGCUAUUGAUGUGUUCUUAAACGUCAACAGCUUCUCGCAUGUUGGGAGUGAGUUGAGAUGUUGGCAGAGCGUGGUCGUGUGACUGUACGGAAAGCGUUCCUUCCCGGCUGGGUUUUUUUUUUGAGAUAAAGAGAGUGGCAGGGACGCGCAGCAGAGAGGAAGAUGAGAUCAUAACAUGACACCCACAGUGAGAGGGAUGUGAGUGUGUCUGCAUGUCACAUGUCAAGUUACUGCAUUAAAAGUGGAACAAGAUGAUCUAAACACUGGUUCGUCCCAUCAGUGGGGGCCCCCCCCUCGCAGGAUUCACGAUGAUGUUUAUCUUGUGGACACUUCAGGCGUCACAGUUCCUCCCUGCACUCUGAGCUGAUACAAGUGCAACACAAAAACAGAAACCUUUAACCUGCUGCGCGUGUCGCACUGUAAAAAAAAAACAAGUCUAAGCAGCCACUCUGCUCUGUUUAUUUUGUACUGUAUCUGUGCUGCCUAAAAAUAACAGUAACACAUGUUCUUCUGCCUUUUUAGCCUAAAAAUGUGUUCAUUGUCAUACUCGCAUUAAAACAGUUGCACUGGUGUAUAUCUAUAAACAAGUUUAAAUCCUGUUUGUCAA